AUGGACGGGACGAUCCGGUGCUCCGCCAACUAUGUCCCACUGACCCCGAUCAGCUUCCUGGAGCGGUCGGCGGUGGUGUACGCGGAUCGGCCGGCGGUCGUCGACGGCUCGAGGAGAUUCACCUGGAGGGAGACGCGGGGCCGGUGCCUGAGGCUGGCAUCGGCCCUCGCUCAGCUGGGGGUCGUCCGCGGAGAUGUGGUGAGUUCCCUUUUAUCCUCGUAGAUCAUUAGGUUUUUUUUUUUGUGAGAUCCCGUUGUUGUUGUCUCCUGGGCGAUUUUUAUUUUUUCUUCCCCACAUUCAGCGAUCUCGUUGUCGGGCUCGCCGUGGAUUUCUGAAGCGUCAUUCUUGUUGAUUUUAAUGAGAUUUUUUAGUUAUUCAUCUUCUGAGGAGCCCACAGGUUACGCAUAAUUUGUGACCGAUAUAAUCUUGGCUGCAUGAUGGAUCUUUAUCUCUUUUGUGAUUGUCUUGAUUGUCCGGCAUAUUUUCCUGCAACCCUUUUAGUUCAUCUCUGAUUCGGAUUUCGUCUCAUAUGCUUCCUUUUGGUCUUUAUAUUUUAUUUCUCGCAUUCAUCACCCGCUGGCAAGAUGCUCUGCAGUGACUCCACUGAAUCCAGAGGUGGGAUGGGCUGAAAAUACUCUACAAUUUCCCUUCGAUAUUUUGCGAUCCAACCAAAGAUCAUGCAGGAAAUCACGGUCUCGGAGGUGAUAAUCUGAUCUGGACAGAGGAACGUAAAUUUCAUCAGUUCUUCCCUAAUUUUUUUCAGCCAUUGAUUGACCUCAUACCGGCAGACAUGGUAGAAGCAUGCACCACCAUUGGAAACAAUUCAUGUUACCGCCAACCCUCCUUCCUGUGUUCCAGAAGAACUUGUUCCAUCUUACUUAGCUGCGGAUUAUCUCAUACAUACUCGAACCAUCUGGAUUUGAUGGUUGGAGUUCACCUCUGUCUGGAUUUUUCUUACCAAAACUGCUCCUCACAUGCAAAUUUCUUGAGUUACGCCUCGUUUCUGCUGAUUUUCACUCUGGCCUGCAACCUGUUUGAGUAUUUGCCCGUGGCCCGGGCACUUAUCUUCCUUCCUUUUCUCGUAUCUUAAGCUUGGGAAAUCUUCCUCUUUCGUCUUCCUCGGUUGAGUUCCAGUGAUCCCUGGUCGUCUGUACUUUUGAUUCAGGUGUCUGUUCUGGCCCGAAAUAUUCCGGCGAUGUACGAGCUCCACUUCGGCGCUCCCAUGGCCGGCGCGGUCCUGUGCACGAUGAACACGCGGCAUGACUCCGCCACGUUAUCGGUCCUCCUCAAGCACUCGGGGGCCAGAGUCUUCUUCGUGGACCACCCGUUCCUGGAGGUCGCCAUGGGAUCCUUCAAGCUGAUGUCGGAGGCGAACCAGGCGCCUCCACCCCUCCUGGUGGUCAUAUCGGAGUUUCCCUCCGCCGGCGACUCUCCGGGGAGCCUGGAAUACGAGGAUCUCCUCCGGCGAGCGAAUCCUAACUUCGAGAUCCGGUGGCCGGCGGAGGAGUGCGACCCGAUCUCCCUGAACUACACGUCCGGCACCACCUCCAGCCCCAAGGGGGUCGUCUACAGCCACCGAGGCGCAUACCUGAACGCCAUCGCCGCCGUCCUCUUCAGCAACGUCCCCGCCGCGCCGGUAUACCUGUGGACGGUACCCAUGUUCCACUGCAAUGGGUGGUGCAUGGCGUGGGGCGUCGCCGCGCAGGCCGGCACCAGUAUCUGCCUCCGGCAGGUCUCCGCCGGCGCCAUCUUCGCCGCCAUCGCCGAGCACGGGGUGACGAACAUGGGUGGCGCACCGACGGUGCUGAACACGAUAGCCAACUCGCCAGAGGCGGAGCAGCGGCGGAGGAACAGGGCGCCGGCGACCGGGAAGGUGGUGAGGGUUGUGACUGGGGGAGCGCCGCCGCCGGCGGAGGUGUUGUUCAAGAUGGAGGAGCUUGGCUUCGAGGUGACGCACUCGUACGGGCUGACGGAGACCUAUGGGGGAGCCACCGUCUGCGCGUGGAAGGCGGAGUGGGACGCGCUACCGGCACUGGAGCGGGCGAGGGUGAAGGCCCGGCAGGGGCUGCAGCACGUCGCGCUGGAGGCGGUGGACGUGAAGGACCCCGCCACCAUGGAGAGCGUCCCCGCGGAUGGGAGGACCAUGGGAGAGGUGAUGUUCAGGGGGAAUACGGUGAUGAGCGGUUACUACAAGGACGGCGGCGCAACUAGGCAGGCCUUUGCCGGCGGAUGGCUCCGGUCGGGGGACCUGGCGGUGCGGCACAGCGACGGGUACAUCGAGCUCAAGGACAGGUCCAAGGACAUCAUCAUCUCCGGCGGGGAGAACAUCAGCACCAUAGAGGUGGAGGCGGCGCUGUACGGGCACGCGGCGGUGCUGGAGGCGGCCGUGGUGGGGCGACCAGACGAGCACUGGGGAGAGACGCCGUGCGCGUUCGUGAAGCUCAGGGAGAGGGCGCGGGUGGGGGCGGAUGAGCUCAUCGCCUUCUGCAGGUCGCGGCUGCCGCGGUACAUGGCGCCGAGGACUGUCGUGUUCGUGGAGGAGCUCCCCAAGACCUCCACGGGGAAGACGCAGAAAUUCGUCCUCAGGGAUAAGGCGAGGGCCAUGGGGACCUCCCGCAGCAAGCUCUGA